AGACAUGGCUGUUCUCUCUGGGCAGGCUAGUAAAAGAGGAUCCCUCAUAUUGGCUCCACCUUCUUCCAUUGAGGCACCUCUGUCCCCAAUCAAACCGGUACAGAUCACAGUGUUGGAGGCACGUGACCUGAAAGGUGUCAAAGGAGACACUCCAGUGACCUAUGUGCGUGCAGAGUAUAAUGGUGUUAUCCUGGGUGACUCCCUGAAAAUUGAUGUUUCUUCAGAUGGAACAGUGAAAUAUAACUUCACCACUAGCUUUGAAUACAACUCUGAUGGGCCAAACUCUCUAGAUGACAUCGCACACAAACCCUUAUUCUUGACUGUGAUUGAAGUUUUACCAAAGGAGAAGAAGCAAAAGGAGGAAAAGACUGUGGCUCUUGGUCAGGCUGUUGUGGACCUUCUACCUCUGCUGGAAGGACAGUGUUCAUUUAGAGCAACAGUUCCACUGCAUCCAGUUCCUGGCUCUCCACUAGAGAGCCUUCGUCCAGAUGCCAAGUGUGGCCUUGAAGUGUCAGUGUCCAUCCAAGAGUCCCUGCUUUCUGUAUCACAACUUUCAGGUGGCAAUCUCCUCAGGGUUACCUUGGAGGCUGCUUAUUCUGUCCCUGAAGUGUUUGUUCCCACAGGACCCCAGCAAAACUACAUGGUUUGCUUGCAAGUACCAACUGUUGGAGAGAAAGAGUACCCCUUGGCAUUCAAGAACGGGAUCCUGAAGCUUGGUGGUGAAAAAGAGCCAAUACCUCGGCCAAAAAAAUGGCCCAUUAGCAACAUCCUGGCACCAGGAGCUCAAAACAUUCCAGACUCUUUUAUUGUUGGUGGCCCCUAUGAGGAGGAGGAUGGAGAGCUCAACAAAACAGAGGACAGGGAAUUUAGGAUUCAGGCAGAGAGCAUAAAGAAGAGAAUUGUUUGGGACUUGGAAAGGCGCUGUUACCUAGACCCUCCAGCAGUUCUCAGUUUACAGAAGCGCAUUGCAGAAUGCCGGUACUGGCCAGUGGAGAUUACCAGGGUGCCUGUGGUUACUUCCACCAAAGGGAAAUCUAGCAAGUUAGACAAGGGAGAUGAUGAUGGACAGAUUUUCUUCCACGGCGUGGCAUACGUCAACAUGGUGCCUUUGCUGUACCCUGGUGUGAAGCGCAUACGAGGGGCUUUCCGUGUAUUUGCAUAUCAAGACAGUGAGGUGUUUGGGAAGACUAAGUGUCUAUUCAGCAUUUUACGUGAUCUUGGGCAUCAAGCCAAUCUGAACAAAUUAGGGCCAGUGAUUGCAGCAGCCAGCUCCCCUCAUUCAAAAGCUAUGCCCAGUAGGAACCAGAAAGAGGAUAAAAUGACCAAAGAGAAGGAUGUUCUAAGAAAGAUGUCCACUACGCUAAAAUCUCAGGUGUCAGAGACUGCUAUAGAAACUGAAGCAACAGUGUGUCAGAACCUGGAAGGACAGCAAUAUGUAGAUGCAGGGACAUUCCUGGUGAUGGAAAUAGAGCUGGCCAAGGCCUUGGUACCAAAACGAUUGCCGGAGGAGCUCGCCAGUCGAGUUAAGGAGAUGAUUCCUCCACGCCCUCAGCUACCACGCCGGAGUGCAGGAGCUAAGAAGGCUGUGGAAGAUUACCACAAUCAGAUCACUAGUAUUGCUGGAGCUAUCCUGGAUGAGUACCAUGAGCUGUUUGGGAAGCAGAUGGUUGAUGGUGGUGUAAUAGAUCAUCACACCCUGGAGGAACAGAAGUGUCAACUGAACUAUGAACUCAACAGCUCAGGAAAAUACUUUGCUUUUAAGGAACAGCUGAAGCAUGCAGUGGUGAAGAUUGUGAGAGAGAAGUACUUGAGGACAACAGCAUUCAACAACCUGGAGCAGCUACAAGCUUUCCUGAGUGAGCUGUAUGUGUACCUGGUGGAUCAGAUGCACGUUGCUCUAAAUCAGAUACUGUCACAGGAGAGUACUGUCGUUGCCUCACCCACCUUCACAAGCUGUGAGCAGCUGCGACUCUUUGCUCAUGAAGCCGAAGUCAAUGAGGACUAUGCUCUGGCAUCUGUCUACUAUCAGGAGAGGCUGGCUCGUGACCGCCAGAUUGUCCAGCACUGGCUAGAUUAUGGGGCAUUCUGCCUCCUGAUGGAGGAAAAUAUCAAAGCCCAGGAGUGUUUUCGUGAAGCUCUUUCUCUGAAUCCAAGUCACCUGCACAGCUUGCUGCUGUGUGGUAUCAUAGCUGUCAUGAUGGAGCACUAUGAAGAGGCAGAAAUCUUCUUUGAGGAUGCCACCUGCUUGGAGCCAUCCAGCAUCCUGUCCUGGACUCUCUUAGGUUUGUUCUAUGAAAUACAGGAAAAUGAUAUUCGGGUGGAGAUGGCCUUCCAUGAGGCUAACAAACUACUGAAGGCACGACUGGCCAAAGAGAAAAACAUCGCUGAAGCUGCUGAAGGAGGAGGAAAAAAGCUGCACACUGUCUCUGCCACAGUUCUAAGAACUGUCACUUCUCCCCAGGAAGACACCCUACUAGUUCCAGAUGAGGCUCCAGAUGGCUCCCCGAAAGUACAGCCAGAUUCUGUAGAGCCUGUUGUAACCAUCCAGCUGCCAGAAGAUGAUCCUGCAGUUAAACUGACCAAGAAACUUUCCCCCACUCUCAGUAAGAACAAGGAGACGUCCCAGAAAGUAAUGAAGAAAACUAGUGGAGGAGCACUUGAUCCAUCACAUGCGGUGGCCCUUGUCCCCCUUUCUGGACUUUCACAGCCCUCCCACACAAUCUUCAUGGAGACCAUACACUUCUUGAUGGAGGUCAAUGCUCUACAGUUUGUUCACAGGGCGCUAGCACAUGAGCUACUGUGCCAGCAGGAAGGACCCAGCUGUGAGUAUUACUUAGUGCUGGCACAAACACACUUGCUCAAGAAGGACUUCUCUAAGGCUGAAGAAUGUCUCCGAGAGGCUAUCCAGAUUGACUACCUGAAUCCAAAUGCUUGGGCACAGAAAGGGCACCUGUGCUACCUGAGUGGAAAUCUUAGUGAGGCAAAGGAAUGCUAUGAGCGAACCAUCAGCUUUGUAACGGAUGCUUCUGAGAUACACUUUGUUUACCUGCGACUGGGGUCGAUCUAUCUGAAAGAGAAAGAGUAUGAUAAGGCAAAGCGCACCUAUAUGCUGGCCUGUAAGAAGUCCUCAUCCUGCCUGACCUGGCUGGGAGUAGGAAUCGCCUGCUACAGGCUGAAAGAAAUUGCGGAGGCAGAAGAUGCCCUCUCUGAGGCCAAUGCCCUGAAUAACAACAAUGCCGAAGUGUGGGCAUAUCUAGCGCUAGUCUGCAUGCAAGGAGGAAGGCAGUUGGAGGCAGAGCAGUCUUACAAAUACGCAAUGAAGUUAGAGCUGAAGAAUGAGGAACUACUCCAGGAAAUCCAUGAGGUACAGCGAAUGGUUGGCUUCGGUAAUCCAUCGUUCUGAGCACUGCCUCUUCUCU